CGGCGCCCGGCGCCCAGCUCAUCAAGUCCCGAUCUUGCCUCAAAUAGUCUUUAUUUCGCGUGUCACCGUCACACGUGCUCAUCCUGUCUCGUCUCACUACUUUCCGUUAACAACUAGAAUGAAAGCAAUAAUUUUAAUCGUAGUUCUUAUAAUUUCAUUAAUUGUUAUAAUAGAUUGCGUUAAUAUACUCAUUAUCAACUUCUGGAGAACCCCUAAACGCAUGCCUGUGAAUAUAUCAUCUUUGUCGAACCGAGGUGUUCAGAUUGUUUCAAGAACAGCUCUGAACAUACCGAGUAAUAAGCUAAACGCCGAUAAAAAACGCCGUUCAGCCGUCGCUCCUUAUAUAAGAAACAAAAUUGCAAAGGAAACCGACCAUAAUAGAUCAACUGCACCGACCAAUGUGAUCAGGAAGAUUGAAGGCAGCCCUAGAUUUCCAAAUAUUCAUGAUGUCGUUUUAGAACUUGACAGCAACAAGUACUUCUGCAACGAUUCGGAAUCUGUGGAAUGUGCCACUCUCACAUCUAUAUUCGGGGAAUCGAUUCAGAAGGAGUUGUCCAGAGUUUUGACCUAUGACAGCAAUGUUUUCCGCUCCGGUUUGGAGAAGCUGAACACUUACCAUGUGCGAUUUAAUGGUACAUAUAGGCAGCUGCGGUCGCGAGAUGAGAUAAUGUGCGCUCUGAGUCGGGUGCGCGUGCGUACGUUGACGGGGCAGGAGCAGUCGCUGACGCAGCACGGGGUGGCCGCGCCGCCCGAGCUGCUACAGCACGGUCUCCGCUACUCGAAGUGUGCCGUGGUGUCCAGCGCUGGUGCACUGCUUGGCUCCCGCCUUGGACGCUUCAUUGACUCGCACGAUAUGGUUGUACGUUUCAACAACGCACCUACUGAAAACUACACUGAAGAUGUCGGUUCCAAAACGACUUUUCGUAUCAUUAACUCACAAGUUGUGGCCAAGACUGAAUACAAUUUCCUGGAAGAUCCUCUGUAUUGCAACAUCUCGAUCUUAAUAUGGGAUCCUGCCAAUUACUCUUCGAACCUGGAUGAUUGGUACCGGUCACCUGACUAUCCUCUGUUUCAAGUGUAUAAGAGGUUUUUGGAGUUAAAUCCAGAUGCUGAUGUCCACAUAUUGAACCCGCAAGUGCUAUGGGAAAUAUGGAAUUUGUUACAAAGUUCCGCACCUAACCGAAUUCGAAAAAAUCCUCCAUCGUCUGGCUUCAUAGGAAUAUGGUUCGCACUGCACCGUUGUGCGAACGUCCGUGUGUUCGAGUACGUGCCUAGCUCGCGUGCCACAACACGCUGCCACUACUAUUCGGCGCACGAAGACCGCCAUUGCACGCUAGGCUCUUGGCACCCGCUAGCUCAAGAGAAAAUUCUUGCUAAUCUGAUGCGUAAUAACUCGGAUUUCGAUACUUAUCAACGAGGAUUUAUUAAUAUACCAGGAGUAGAGUCUUUUGACUGCCCGGAUUGAUUUGAGAUGUUACGCUCUUACUUCUAGGCUACCUGACACGGAAAUAGUGUUUUUAAUACAGUUGCUCAAAAAGUGCUAUUUUAUGUAGCUGUUUAGCGUGCGGAAAGUUGGAUUUGGCGAACUAGUGCUUUUUACUUUUCCACUUUUCUUUUUAAAGCCGUAUUUAGUAUAAAAGUUGAAUUUUAUAUGCAACUUUUAGUUAAUAUAGAACGUAAUACAAGCGUUUCGAAAAAUUGGAAACAACCCUAUUGUCUUUAAGUUUUUUUUUAUUGUACAAAUGUUCGUUGGUAUUUUGAAAUUUGUGCAAUUUUAUAGUUGUAGUUGUUGACCUAUUUUUUAUUUUAUUUCAUGGUAAUAAAGACAAGGUAAUUGGA